CGCCCGGCCCCUGCCUCGUCUCGCCCUGCUACCCCCACCCCUCCCUCCCCACGUAGCCAAUACUCCUACCCCCCCUACCCCCCACACCCCUUCACCCCGCAUCCCGAGGGUUGUAUCCGUAUACCGCGUCUCUCUCAACGUUCGAUUUCUCAUCAUCAUCACCAUCAUCGUCGUCGUCGUCGUCGUCGUCUACAUCGGCGGUGUCGCCUUCAUCAUCUUCUCCUCACGGACAGGUGAUGUGGCACCGAUUGGCGACAUUUCUCACAGACGACGGGCCUCGUCUCGGCCCUCAGGUUUGACGAUGCCGGUGGAAGGAUGAGGCCACGCAGACCAAUUGGCGCUGCCCUGUACGGCUAGGCCAGCAGCCGGGGCCCCCUCCCCUUCCCCCGGUGCCUGUCGGGCACAGCGAGCGAGCACAGCAGCACCAGAGUGAAACCGGCCCCUUGGAAGGUGGCGGUGACAGCGGUGGUGGCGGCGGCGGCGGCAGCGGUGGUGGCGAAGCACGAGCCGAGGAGCGCGGCGCCUCCUGUGGCUGCCUGGAGAGCCAUGGCCCAGGGGACGCAGCAGAUCGACAUCCACGUUUACCACGACCUGCGCGAGCGCUUCCCGCAGAUCCCCGAGGGCGUCGUCUCCGAGUGCAUCCUACAGAACCAGAACAACCGCGAUGCGUGUGCCGAGGCCCUGGCGCAGGCGAGCAAUAAGUAUCUGGACAGGGACUCGGAGGAGACCGGAGUCUUGGGAGGGGGCGGUGGCGGUGGCAGCAUCGGAGGCGGCGGCGGUGGCGGCGGCAUUGCCGGGAGCCCCCUGCACACCCACACCAUUCACCUCAACGUGGGCAAUGGCAGCAGCCACAUCUGGCUGCACAACAACCCCUGCCCCACAGGGGUUCCUUCCCCCCUGUCUGGCACAUCGGUGCUCGGAGAGUUGCCCAGCCAGCCCAUGGGCCGCCGCGAUUCGGCAGGCGGUCUCCACGCGUACCCCAUCUACGCCGUCACAGGCCUGUCGCAGCAGCAGCCACAGUCCAUCAAGGUGACGCUGAAACCCAACAUGCAGACGGGACGCGGCACACCCACGUCGCUGCACAUCCGCGGCGGCCUGAACCAGCAGCCGGCCCAGCAGCAGCAACAGCAGCAGAUGAUGCAGCAGAUGCAGCAGACGCAGCAACAGCAGCCGCCUCUGUAUAUGCAAUCGUCCAAGCAGCCGUCCCUCUACAGCAUCCCCACCGUGUACAGUUCAAUACAGCAGCAGUCGCAGCAAGGCCAGCAGCAGCAGUCGCAGCAGCCGACUGUGUACAGCUCGUCGCAGCAGCAUCAGACAUCGCACGUCUACAUGCCCGUGUCGUCGCCCACCAGCGUGUCGGCGCACGUCCAGUUUGCGCAACCCCAGUCGCAGCUCGGAUACCUGAACUGUGGGCCCAACGGCAUGAGCUCGUCCGCUUGCGCCGGCCCCACGUCGCUACCGGCGCAGAGCCCCGGCGUCUCCGCCUCGUGCUCCUCGCCGGCGUCCGCCGUGCCCACGGCCACGCGGAAAAACCAGAUCGAGAUUAAGAUCGAGCAGCCGCACCUACACUGGGGCAGCACGGGCGGCGUGAGGAACGCGGCACCGUCACUCGUGUCCCACGGCCACGGGAUGGGACCGGGCCCUGGCGGUGGCCGUGGCAUGGGCCAGCCCACCCUGCUUAUCGCCACCUCCCCCGCACCUCCGAGCACCAACAGCACAGCGGUGACCGUCGGGGGUAGGACAAGCUCAGGGUCCAGCUGCACCGACACCCAAGCGGGCUCGUGCGUGCAGCCGACGCUGAUCCGGCACCAGCCCCCGCGGAGCCGCCCCACCUCCAUCACGACGGCGCCCGCCUCCCCGGCGCCGGCCCGCGUCAUCGUCACGCAGCCCAACACCAAGUACACCUUCGAGAUCACCGUGUCGCCCAACAAGCCGCCCGCCAUCUCGCCCGGCGUCGCCUCCCCCACGUACGAGGGCAUGGGCAUCCUCGACCGGCUCGGCAACAGCAACGGGGGCGGUGGCGGCGCCGCCUCCGCCAGCGCCGCCGCCGACUCCUCCGCCCCCGCGCCGGCGUCGUCGACGUCGGCGCAACCGGGGGCCUCCGCGUCCGUGACGCAGCCCUCGUUGGCCGAAGCCGCGGCCCUGGGGAUGGGGGGUGCGGCGGGGCUGGCGGGGGCUGGGCCGCCGCAGGCCGGAGCGACGAGCGUGGUGCCUGACUACCAGGGCAGGGAGAGCUAUGGCUCCGACGACCAGGCCUACACCCAAGCGCUGAUGCUGCACCAGCGGAUGCGCAUGGAUCGGCUGCAAGAGGCGCUGGGGGUGGAGCGCGGCUCGCUCGAGACGCUCAAGGCCGAGGUGAACGAGAUGGAGAAUGUGCUCAACCAGCGGCGCUUGCGGCGCGCCAGCUCCUCCAUGCACACGCCUUCCCUGGAUGACAUGAGCAAACUGCGGCAGAAGAACCGCCAGCUGCAGAUCGAUAUCGACUGCAUGACCAAGGAGUUCGACCUCUGCCAGGCGAGGGGAAAGAACUUUAACCCGGAUACCACCUUGAGUUUUUACAAGAACCUGGGCUACCAGGGGCAGGUCGGACCUGUCCCUCCCAAAGCCUCCACUCAAGACCAUCGCGAGACGGACCGGCCGGCGGGGUCUGCGGCUCGCGACGAGGAGGAGGAGGAGGGCUCAGCCUGGAGCUGCAUAACGUGCACCUUCCUCAACCACCCCGCACUCAACCACUGCGAGGAGUGCGACAUGCCGCGCCACUACUGACCGCCCGCCACCGAGCCCGCCCCGCGGGAGCACGCGUGGCGGGGUGACGCGUGGAGCGAUCGGAGGUGCGAGCGGCGGCACGAACGGCGGGGAGAAGGCCCAGGGCUUUCCUCGCCUGCGGGCAAGACCCGGCCGCGACGCGCGUCGGGAACCCGGCGAUUCGAUGCGGAAGAUCGCGCGCCGGUGGAGCGUCUCGCCGUGUGCGGCGCCGUCAAGAAGGGGACGCGUUGACGAGAAGCGUGGGAGAAGCGCGGUCGAAGCCGGAGGCCUCGCAAGUGACUCCUUGCGCGACGGAGACUCAGGAGCCGGCGGUGGCCGAGCGCCACGGCAGCCCCCCCCCCCCCCCCCCGCGGCGCCAGCGCUGCGCCCCGAAGCGCAAAAAGCUUUUGUUUUUUUUGUGUUAAAUAAUAAAUUGCAUACGAUUUACCGAAAAAGAGACUUUGAUUGAAAAAAAAUAAAGUGAGAGAGAAUUUUGGUUAGAGUUGAGCACUUGAUGUAAAAAUGCAAGCGUUGUUUUUUUUUCUCCUUCCUUCCUCCCCACGCGUGCAGAUGUUGAAGUUGAAGCGGCGAGUGCACACGGUUUCGGCAUUAAGACCUUUCGGGGGUGAACGAAACGAACGAGAAGUGUCGCGUUUGGAGUAACGAAUGGACAAUUGCAAUCCGUGGUUAAGUGUGGGACGCAAAUAGCUUGACGCUGCUGCCACCUCAUGAAUCUUUCAGUGCUGCAUUACUUAUGAUUUGAAUUUAUUGUAAUAAGAAUAAGGGGGUCAAGACAGUUGCAAGAUUAUAAUUAUAAUGCCGUUGGGGGGGGGUUUUCUGUCAUAUUAAGCACGGAUUACAGACUGUAUUGUUAACAGUUAACAGAAGGGUACUGGAAUUAUUCUUUAAGCACUGAGAUUUUGGUUUUAAAAUCUUUUAUAUGAUCACCACGUGGCCUCUUUUUUAAAAAUGAACAAGUGGAUGCAAUCAUUGACGUGAUCAAGCCAAGUCUGGCUCGGUACUUUAAUUUUUUUUUCAACGAAAUGCUGGAUUUUGCCAUAGGAGUUGGCUGGCAGACAUAUAAAACCAUGAAAUAUAAAAUAAAAAUGAAUAGCGAGGUGGGGUUUGGGCCGCAUUUUAAUGUAUUAAAAAGUGUUGAAUAAUGAAUAAUCAAAAAGUUUUCAUUAAGUUAAUUUUUUUGCAAUUAAAAAACGUACAAAGUAUAUUAAUAAUGAAUAAUAGUAAUAAUGGUAAUGUUUGAAUCCAACCUUCACCACAUGAACACACAGGCUCAUUGCAAAUCUCGGUAGCGAUGGUUCGGAUGUCCGGUCUGCAUCUGCGCAGUGCGUGACUGAUGUCUGCUUCCCAGUCAACUCGGGUUUUUUUUAUUUGUCGAGGAGUCGAAGCCACCACCUAUUUACCCCCCCCCCCUCUUCCCCAAUAAGUGCCUACAAAGCAAGUUGUGUUCCGGCUCGGGCUUGUCCACGGUUUAAACCCAGUAGAGAACGGUGAGUAGACCAGCAAGGCACUUGGGCAGAUGAGACAUUGCAGUCUAUGCGGUGUGACUCGUUGUGAUGUGGGCUUGUUAUGCAGGGUAUUCAGGCCCUUUAUUCACCCACACCACCCUUCCCCAUACCCUCACACGUGGGUUGGAUCAUGCUGCCGGGCACUGCUCUCUUGUGAAUUCUUUUGGCUGCAGGUAGCAACGGCAAUGUAUUGACGAGGGGUUUAAAUCACAACUCUUCGUUUGCUGCUGAGAGAAUAAAUGCCAAAACGUCUCUAGCGAUGACUUAGACAUUUUAAAAUGUACAUUGUAGCAUUAAUUUAAAACACAUGCCCUGCAUGAAAUUGAGCCAUAAUCCACUUAAUCCAUUGUUAAUUCUAAAUGAUACUUCAAAUGGGUGUGAAUCGACUGGCGCACAGAGGACAGCCUACAUUGCAAAUGGAGCACAAUUGCCUGGAUUGCCAAUGGAUCAGUGGUUUUGUUCCACAGUGCAGCUGGAUGUAAAAGUUCGUUUACCGUAAGCCUUAGGAGCUGCACUGAACUCAACAGAGCUGAAGGUGAGCAUGGCCUUGCAGGCUCACGCCCUUGUUCUGUGUGCAGUGGCGGUUUCAACUGGUGCUCGCAAUUCCUAAAACAGGGCCCUCUGCCUCAGUAAAAAAAAAUAAUUCCCAGUGAAAAUACUUGAAACGGAGCCAUUUUUUUCCAUAUAUAUAAUGAGUUUAGACUUUUAAGUCGACAGAGGGCAGUGCAGUAACAUCCUUUGUACUUAUAUUAUGCUCUUAACAUCUGUUGCUUCCUGCCUUCUCGAAUUGACAAGCGUGGUGAAGUAUGGUCACUGCCCGCACUGAUUGGGGGAGGCACUCGUUCAGCGGUAGAUCGAUUUAAGGGGCUGUUGUGCACAUUUUAAACAGAAGAGAAACGCAAUAAGCCUUGCUGGCAUUCGAAGGGUGUUUUAUUUUUAUUGCUUGGCCUCGCCAUCAAAGCGUUGUUUUGGGGAGAUAAAAAAAAUGAAAGCGUCAGAUGAGCCCUUGCCUUGUUGUGCAACAUUUCUCCAGGAAUAAACGUGGCCGAGUGUUUCACUUGGCCUGUGUAGACAGCUCCCUGGCCAUCCCUGCAACGUCCUACGUCAAGUCACUCCCAAGUAGCUCCUCGUGAGGCUUGAGUUGCUCAUUGAGCCCAACCUGUUGACUCUCCGAAGAUUCCAACCUCAUUCAUCGUUGCCUCAAUACCAAGUUCGCCCUCGCCCCCAAUAUACGUACACAGUUUAAAUGGCAUUUUGGUAAGAGAGGCAAGUUCGACACAUCUUACCUACAAGAAGCAAACCAAGAAGUCACACGCGUUCCCCUGUUUGUGCGCCGGUGUUUUGCCUUCCACUUUUAUCAAUCGCCCGUUGCGUGAAAUGUGCAUUAUUUUAUCAAAUUUAUGUGCGACUGGGGAAGAUUGAUGAACGUGGAAUGCUCCACCGUAAUGGGGGUUGGGGGGGGGGCGUUAAGGAUGCGCUGGCUUACGGUUCCAGAGCACAGCAUUUGCUGGACUGAACGAAGCUUCCCCCCCCUCCUCCCAAUCGCUUUGGUGUCUUCAUGUGUCUUAUUUACUCGGAACAUGUGAAAAUAUAGCAAUACAAAAAAAAAAUGCCUGUACAUUGUCGUAAAAAAAAUACGUACAUCGUUUGGAGCAUGCGUUUAUUUUAAAUUUAUUAAUUUUUUUUCGCCUGUAUAGUUUCUUGUGUAAAAAAAAUUAAAUUCAUUUAAUGUA